AGCUACCGGAAGUGAGUUUGACUCGCAAUCCUCGUUCGUAUCAAUUAUUUGAAGAAACCCAGCUAGCUAUCUGAACAGAACUAGCUUAGCUAUCAGUACAAGAAAACACUAAACAAUUAACAUGAACCCACUUUGAACGAUCUAACAGUUAGUGGGAGAAUUGACUAUUAAGUCGACCAACCAAGAUGUAAAUAAUGAUAUGUUCUAGAGUACACUGAUUUGGUUGCUAGCGCCAGGCAGUGCUAGCCAACACCCUCAUGAGGCAAUCCAACUCCGGAGGAUUAACUAGCUACCGACCGUAAUCAAGUCUAACUAGUUGGUGAUUUGCAUCUAGUAGCAAAGAACAAACCAACAGAAUGUCAGAUGAUGCUGUCCUGCUGAAUGUACCCGUCAUUCGGCAGCUGUACCACUGGGACUGUGGAUUAGCCUGCUCCAGAAUGGUUUUGAAGUACCUCCACCCUGUGAGUGAUGAGGAGUUUCAGGGUGCUUGCUGGGAGUUGAAGCUGACGCAGAGUGUCUGGACAAUUGACUUGGCCUACCUCAUGUGCCAGCUGAGGGUCCGGCACCGCUUCUGCACUCAGACACUGGGUGUUGACAAGGGCUUCAGGAAUCAGUCCUUCUACAAAAAGCAUUUUGACACUGAGGAAGACCGAGUCAACGAACUCUUCCUAAAGGCUGAAAGCAAGGGUGUGGUGGUGAAUAAAUGCUCUGUGACAAUUCAGGAAAUCCAGGAACAUAUUGACCAGGGCCAUGUGGCCAUAGUGCUGGUCAAUGCUGUGGUUCUGGUGUGUGAACUUUGCUCUUCGCCUGUCAAGUACUGCUGUUUCCUGCCUGUGGGCCAGAAGUGCUUCUGCAGGAAGCCAGAAUACCAGGGUCACUUUGUGGUGGUGUGCGGCUUCAACCGGAGCACUGGCUGCAUCUUCUACAACAACCCUGCCUACUCAGACCGCGUGUGUUGCACCAGCAUUAGUAACUUUGAAGAGGCUCGAAUGAGCUACGGGACAGAUGAGGAUAUUCUGUUCAUCUUCAAGGAGAGCUGAAUGGCUUAGGGACAAUGAAGAUGUAGAUGUUCUCCACAUCGCUAUGGCGCCCCAUCCUCACUAUGAUGACACACCAGUGGGUCUACAGGUCCCUGAACUGGGACUGCUGGUUCCAGCUCUAGCCCAGUGUUGUAGAUGGUCCCGGGCUGUCCUCCAGUGCUAACUGACUGCUCACAGAACACACAACACCACUCCAACGUCACCACACACGCCUCACUUCACAUAGCCCAUGCUAGUCGUCAGUGUGUAAAGGAAUAAUCACUGAAGACAUAAAUAAAGUGUGGUUUUUAAGUUGGUUGGGGGACAAGUAGAUAGAUGAAAUAGAAUAAAUGAAUUUUUCCUGUG